AUGUCCAAAGUGUUUUUUAUCACGGGGGCGGGGAGUGGAAUUGGCAGAGUUGUCGCGCGAGAGCUGCUCCUCAAAGGCCACAGGGUGUUUUUGACGGAUUAUAACGAAGCAUUCCUGCAAGACGCCUGUACGAAGCACCUGCCCUCGGUCAUUCCAGAGGACAAGCGACAGCAUUUCAAGUGGGUGUCGAUGGAUGUAUCGAAAGAGGAACAGGUUGUCGCCGCUGUCGAAGCCUGUAUUCGCGAGUUUGGCAGACUCGAUGUUCUCAUCAACAAUGCUGGAAUCAAUAGCCAGUACAUGAGAUCAAGCAUCCGAAUGGACCAGGUCCCGACAUCCGAUUUCGAAAAGAUCCUGCAGGUCAACCUCGUCGGCACGUAUCGCGUCUCCCAGUCCGCCAUCCCCCACCUCGAAAAAUCCCCCGAGGGUGGAGUCAUCAUCAACAUGUCGAGCUGUCGCGCGACACAGCAGAGCAAGCACGGGGAAGCCUAUGCCGCGUCCAAGGCAGGGAUUGAAGGACUGAGUAUGGCCAUGGCAGUCAGCCUCGGGCCCCAGAUCCGAGUCCACUGCAUCAGCCCAGGGAUGGUGGAUGUGCGCUCCGAGAGGAAUGAAAGCCUGCUCCCGCCGCUGGAGGAGAUGAAAAGCAACCUCGAUCGCGACUUUCAGAGCGAGUAUGCGCCUGCGUGGGGUGCUGGGAAGAGCGAGGCUCUCAGUCAGGCGCAUCCGGUGGGGAGGAUUGGAAGGGGAGAGGACAUUGCACGAUGGAUUGAGUUUCUGGCAGUGGUUGAGGGAGGAUUCACCACAGGUGGUACAUAUCUGGUGGAUGGAGGGUAUUCCAAAGUUCUAUCGUAUCCUAGUUAG